UCUCCUCCCCGCCAGGAGGGGCGCCAGCGGCAGCCUUAAACCUCCCGCCUCGGUCCCGCUUCGCCCACCACCGGCUUCCCCGGCUGGGGCCGGGCUGACUUCCCCUGAGCCAUCCCCCCGGCUCCUCCCCUGGUCCCGCCGCUCUCCCCUUCCUGCAGCGGAGACGUGGUGGCCGCCGGGCGGCCGGAGCGCAGUGAUGUGGCUGUGGCUGGCGUUGGCGGCGCUGCUGGCGGCGGCGGGCGCGCAGUACGAGCGCUACAGCUUUCGCAGCUUCCCGCGGGACGAGCUCAUGCCGCUCGAGUCUGCCUACCGCUACGGCCUGGACCAGUACAGCACUGAGAACUGGCCCGAGAGCGUCAAUUACCUGGAGGUCAGCAUGAGGCUCUACCGCCUGCUGCGCGACAGUGAGGCCUUCUGCCACCGCAACUGCAGCCACGCCGCCGGGCAGCCCCCCGCUCUUGCGGCCGAGCCCGCCGCUGCCUCCGGGGGAGCUCUGGCCGAGCUGCGCCUCCUGUCCGGGGUGCUGCGGCGGGCGCAGUGUCUGAGGCGCUGCAAGCAGGGGCUGCCUGCGUUCCGGCAGGCCCAGCCCGGCCGCGACCUCCUCGAGGACUUCCAGCGCCGAGAGCCCUACAAGUACCUGCAGUUCGCCUACUUCAAGGCUAAUAAUCUUCCAAAAGCAAUUGCAGCAGCUCACACAUUUCUUCUGAAGCAUCCAGACGAUGAAAUGAUGCAAAGAAAUAUGGCCUACUAUAAGAGCAUACCUGAUGCUGAGGAGCAUAUUAAAGACUUGGAGACAAAACCUUAUGAGAAUCUUUUUGUCAGGGCUGUGAGAGCAUACAAUGGUGACAACUGGAGAACAUCUAUCUCAGACAUGGAACUGGCUCUUCCAGAUUUCUUCAAAGCCUAUGAUGACUGUACAGCAGCCUGUGAAGGUUCCCGAGAGAUCAAGGAUUUUAAAGACUUCUAUCUUUCCAUUGCAGAUCAUUAUAUUGAAGUUCUUGCAUGCAAAGUGCAGUGCGAGAGCAAUCUGACACCCAUUAUUGGAGGCUUUGUUGUUGAGAAAUUUGUGGCCACCAUGUACCAUUACUUACAGUUUGCUUAUUAUAAAUCUAAUGACAUGAAGAAUGCAGCUGCUUGUGCUGCUAGUUACCUUCUGUUUGACCAGAAAGAUGAAGUAAUGAAACAGAACAUGGUCUACUAUCAGUACCACAAAGACAAAUGGGGACUUAAAGAGGAGGAUUUUCAGCCCAGAUCGGAGGCUGUUCGAUAUCACAACAUAACCACACUCCAGUUGGAAAUGUAUGACUUUGCAAAGGAACAUCUGAUGGAUGAUGAUGAGGGUGAAGUUGUGGAAUUCCUUGAUGAGCUGCUAGAAGUAGAGGAAAAGAAGGAAUCCUGAUGAGUGAAAUCACUAUGAAGUACUUUAUGAAAGUGAAGAUUCACCAUUGCUCCUUACUAUUGUUUUUGGUCACCUGUAGUUCCAAUUAGAUAUACCUCAAAGCUGCUCCUUUAAGCUCCACCUUACAUCACAAGAUCCACUCCUGAAAGAUCACUUCCAUACUGCACUGACUCUUCUGUGAGCGUGGCUUUUCACUGUGCAUUUACAGAAUUGGUGCAUAUGGGUUUUCCCCCUGAGCUUUCUUCCCAUCACACAAACACAACAGAACUGACUGUAUUUUCCAGGAUAACACUAAGGUGCCUUAUUUCAGUGAUGUUCUACUGAGUUGUAACAGCACAGCUAAAUUCCAAAGAACUUGUGGCAGGUUAGGAACCAGGGAAGACAUAACAGUUCCUCUUGACUUUCUGAGCUAUGCAUUGUAUUAUUUAUAUAUGUCUUUUUCUAUGAUGAAGAGUAAAGGGAUACUGAAUCCCAGUGCACCUGAGAGACAUUGAGAUACAUUUACAUAGCCAAAAUAAGUUAACAAGGCACAACCAGUGAUCUUGUAUGAAUUGCUUGAAGAAUUCUGUAUGCGGUGUUGCUCUUAAGAACUAAAUUAAAUUCCAUGAUGUGAAACUGAGGUCACUUAGAACUGAAUAAUAAAGAAUUCCUUUUUCCUAUGAA